AUAGAUAUUAUCAAAAUCUGUGAAAAGAUUUAACAUUAAUUAAAUUUUUAUAUUAUUUUAUUUUAAAUUAAUGCUAAAGAACAACCGUAAUUUUUUAAAGGCAAAACUGUGUAUAAAUUGUAUGUUGUAUAAAAAUAUACAAAAGAAAGUGUAAUAGGCUGAUUUAUAUGAUUAAAGAUAAUUUAGACAGGAGAUAAAUUUUACUCACACAUAUGGUGAGAACGUGUUCAUGGGUCACAGAGAUAGGGGCAGUUAGGGUCAUCUCUUGACUUCUAUGAACUCAGUUCACUUUUGUUAAGCCACCAUUAUACACCAUGAAAGUCACAGAUACUAAUAAUGUAUUACAAAUAUUAAUGCACAAAUUAGGAAGUACUAUAUUUGUGCUUCUUCUAUUUUGUAAUAAUUGUGUUGCAUAUAGUGUAUUUCAAUCAGGAAAGGAAUACGUUUAUUCCUAUAGUGCACUUUCAAGUUCUGGAGUUUUGUUACCAGCUACUGCAUCAUCUUCAUGGGGAUUCCAUGGAAAACUUAUAAUUCAAACAGAACAAGAUGUUGCUACAAUGCAGUUGCAGUUAUUAAAGAUGAUUAUGUGGAAUGGUGAUGAAGAAAUGAAAGAAGAAGAUCAAGAUAUUCCUGAUGAUGCAGAUGAGCUAUUGAAACCAUUUCAAGUUACAUAUAGGAAUGGCCUUGUUGAAAACUUUAGCACAGAAGCUACAUCUGCAUGGUCCACAAAUAUAAAAAGAAGUAUAGCAGGAAUUUUACAAUUAGAUUUGACAACUUUAGAAAAAGAAAUAGCAUUUCAUUCAACUGAACAAAACCAUUAUGGCCAAUGUAACAUUGAAUAUGUCGCUAAUCGGGAAGAUGAAAAAGAAUGGCUAAUAAGGAAAUUUUUAGACCCUCGUACUUGUAUUGGGCAUCCUCACUAUACAUGGUCAAAUGUUCCCAAAAUGUUGUGUCCUAAUGGUGAUCAAAAUCCAAUAUUAAAAUCCAGUGAAAGAUUAUAUAAAGUUAAUAUAAAUGGACUUUUAAGUGAAAUUUUAUUUGUUAAUGCUUCUGGAGGUAUAUAUGUUCAACCCUUUCAAAGUUUUGGAGAAGCACAAUUUCACUUUACUAGACAAAUCUUUAAAUUAAUUUCGGUGAAAGAUACAAUAAAUAAAAUACCUAUUAAAACCUUACAUUUCAAAGUUCUACAACAUGAACUUCCAGAAUUAGAUCUCACCCAAGGCAGAGGUACUCCUGAUAAGAAUACUGUUUUAAAAUCUAUAGGAAGUUUACUAGAUCGAUUAAGUCAGAGACUUGAAAAUCCUGGUUUAGAUACAGAGGCUGGUAAUUUACAUAACACAACAGUCAGUGUACUACUUUACUAUCUUGAGAUGCUAAAUGUCGCUGAUUUACGUGAAGCAUAUACAAAGAUUUCAGGAACAAGUUAUAAAGAAGAAACAAUACGAAAUAUGUUUCUUGAAGCUCUUCCACAAGUUGGCACAAAAGAGUCUGCAUUAUUUAUAUUAGAAUUAAUUCAAGAUAAAAAAGUUUCGGAUAUGUCUGCAAUUCAGCUUCUUACCCAACUGCCAUUUCACAUACGAAAACCUGAUAUUCAGUUAUUAGUCAAUCUACAAACGUUUUUAAAUUUGCCAGAUAAAAUAUCUAUUGAGGUCCAGAAUACUGCCAUUCUUACGUAUGGUACAUUGAUUUAUAAGACAUGUUUAUUAUAUUGUCCAUAUGAAAUGUUAGAUGAUUAUGUACGCUUGUAUCUUGAUAAAUUUACAGAGACAAAGGAAUAUGAAAAGAAAAUGAUCUGGCUGGAAGGAUUAGCAAAUAUACAAUUGGGAAGAGUUGUUGAAUUUUUAGAACCUAUUGCUAGCGGUAAUAAUGCAGAAUCACGUCAUUUUCGGGUACUUGCUGCAUGGGCAUCACUUCCAACCGCUCCUCUAAGACCUGAUGUUAUAUAUCCAGUCUAUUGGCCAAUUUUAAUAAAUAGAACUGAACACUUAGAAAUGAGAGUAGCUGCACUGACAUUACUCAUUAUUUCUAGCCCUACACCAAAUAGAUUAAUAUCAUUAUAUUGGUACAUGCAAAGUAUAUUUGAUCAACAUUUGUAUAAUUAUUUUUAUACUAUUUUAAAAUCUGUGGAACAUACUACGCAUCCUUGCUAUGUUCAUAUCGGAACAAUAGCUACACAGUUUACUCGAGUACUUCGGCCAAUGAAAAAUAAAUAUAUAAUUACUGGAAAUUAUUUAUUUGAUUAUCAAGAUACAUAUAGAAAAUUUGGUGCUAUGAUACACGGUAUUGUCAUUGCUAACCCUUUGACAAACAUACCUGAGGUUUUAUAUGUAACAGUGAAUACUUAUGGAAAUGGAAUUAAUAUCAACCAUGUGUCUUUAUACAUCAAAGCUGAAGGUCUCUUACAUUCAUUAUCAACGUAUAUGGAUAGUCCAACUCAAAUAAAAGAUAUACUAAAACAAUUUAAAUUAGAUCAGAAGCAAGAUGGACCUGUACAUUUAGAAGUAAUUGCACGUAUUCAGGAGAAAACAGUUUUGUGCCUUCAUUUAAAUGAAACAAAUAUCAUCAAAGGGUUUAAAUAUCUUUCUUCCUUACCUGAUAAUAUAUAUAAUAUAUAUCAAAACAUGGAAUUUCAUGUUAAUCAUCAACGUAUUAAUAUUCCAUUAGUAAUGGAAUCAGUACAGGCUACAGAUUUGGGAGCAAAUGUUAGACUUGCAAUUACUACAACAUCAUUAUUUUCAAUGAGAGGGAAUUUCACUCAUGGUUCAAUCGGUCGUAAUAACCAUGUCAUACUACGAACAUCUAUUCAUAAAACAGAAUUAAUAGAAAAUUAUAAUCCUUUAAUUGACACAUGGCAUAGUGCAGAAAGAGCACAUUCUAUUCAUGGAUAUCUUCCAGUUAAUAUUACAAUUGGAUUCGAAGAUCGUCCUUUUAUUUCAUAUGAUACCCCAGGAGAACAUCUUAAAAUGGGUAUUACAACUCAUGCUAGAACAUCAACCAAUAUAAAAGGUUCAAAUGUUAAGUUAAAAUUGCAUCGAGUUUGUUCCACUUGUCCCGAAUUAUACAUAGUUACAAAAUCACCAACAUAUAAACAAAAGGAAAAAGAUUUAUUUCAAAUAGAAUUAGCGGAAUUAGGGGGUCAAAUACAUGUGAAACUCUUUGAUUGCGAAAAUAUAAUAUCUCGGGAAAAACUAAUACGAGAUGUAUUUUCUUCACAUCGCGAUAAUUAUCAUAUUUGGCCAUUUCUCCAAUUUGCUUUAACAGCAUUACAUUUUUUGGACUAUUAUACAUAUAUACCACCAAAAGGUAGUUGUGGUUUAGCUGCUUAUAUUAGUACAAUUGAUACAACACGUACUCAAGUAAAAUUCGAAUACAUCAGAGGUCUCAAUCAUCAUAUUUUAUCUUUAACACGUCGCAAUGUAGAAUCAUCUCAAUUAUUGCAACAAUGGAAUUUAGCUGGACUUUAUGAAAUUACCAGUUGGAUGUCUGAUAUGAUUAAAAUUAAAGCAACUAAAAUCGUACCAGGUGAAAAAGUAUUAAAGUUUUGUUUGGAAGCAGAAAAAGAAAUCCCUUGGGAAUGGGAUUUUCUAAGCACUAAACCUAGCGAUCCUGCUAGGAUCACAAUGAAUAUUGUUUGGGGAUUAUCUGAUACAGCAAAGGGUAAAUGUAGUGGAUCUUCAAUCACAUUGAACUUAAUUGGUGAAAUUAGUAAGGAACAAUUAGAAGAUGCUAAAGUAGCAAAAUGGCCAUACGAAGAGUGUCGAAAACAAUCAAAGGGAAAACGUUUUACACCGUAUACUGAUGCCUGUUAUGAGGCAUCAAGGGAAUUAUCAACUUUGAGAAAAUAUCAAAUUAUUACAGAACAAGAAAAUGUACCAGAAUACUUAACACGAUUAGCUUGGAAAUUGCGUGGCUUUUAUGACUUCAUUGGUGGAAACAGUAGUGCAGUACCUGUUUCCAAAGAAUUUUCUAUAACUGCAGUAUUUCCAAAAGAAUCGGAUAUUGGAGAAUUAUCUCUCAACAAUGACAAAGUAGUUAUUGAAUAUAACUAUAAUUUUAUAGAUUAUUUUUUAACCAGAACCAGAGUUCAUAAAUAUAUGGAUUUAUCAAUUUUAAAGACAUUUUUUGGCUCAUGUAUUGUGACACCAGACUCUAUAAGAACUAUUCACAAUGAAAGUUACCCGCUUCGCGACAAAGGUGAAGUUUUGUUGCUCGGUCAAUGUUAUAGCGAAGAUCCGAGAUAUGCAUUAACAGUACAGAAUAACUUGCAUGGUGUUAAUGUUAACAUAUAUGAUGAAAUAGAUACUGUACGAAUUGUACCUAAUCAAAUUGGAGCAACAUUAUACAAUAAUUCAAUAAAUAUUCCAUUACCACAAAGCUUUAUGUUUCACUCAUUUGGAUCUAAAAAGGUAAGGUUGGACAAUAGUACUAUUGAUCUGAUAGUUCCAAAUCUCUAUUUAUACAUGCAUUGGACACAAGAACAAAUUCUUCUGCUCUUUCCAACAUAUUUAUUGGAAUUCAGUUGUGGUGUAUGUACGUUACGUACUCUUGAUACUAAUAAUUUAUAUGAAAAGUUAUGAUGAUUUAUUUAUAAAAAACUGUUGUACAACUAGUGUUGAUAUAUUUACAAUCAGAAUAUUUGAAAUAUAGUAUAUAUUUAGAAAUAGUAUUUACUUUUAACUAAUUUCUAUGCGACUAUAACAUAAGAGAAUUUGUUAUAGAAGUUGUAUUUCUUUCAAGAUGCAGUGGAUGAAAAAUUUUGAACGAACAGAUAUUAUACUAAAUCAUUUACUGUUUAUAGGUCUGUAGCAAUAACACUGAUUUAUAAAACAAAAUAUAUUUAUUUAAUUCAUAUAUAAUAUAAAAUGGCAGUAUAUAAUUAUAAGAACAUAAAUACAAGUUUAAAUAAAUAAUGCAUGAAAACUUAUAUAUAUUUCUACAGUUUCUCCUAUCUAUUAGUGAAUAUAAAUAAUGAAAUAAAGUAU